AUGAAAUUGUAUGACAUUAAUCUCCAUGACAACUAUAUCUAUUUAUUAUACAAAAUAAAACAUAAAUUUUCUUUUAUUCAUAAUAAACAUUUAUUAAAUGCUUGUCUUAGUGAAUUUAUUGGUACAUUUAUAUUAAUUACAAUUGGAUUAAGUAGUAUGAUACAUAAUACAUUAAAAUAUAAUUUAUAUUAUAUCAAUAUAUCAAUUGGUUGGUCUAUUGCAUUAUUAUUAUCACAAAUUAUAACUCAACCAUUAGGUUAUAAUAGUUUAAUGAAUCCAUCGAUUACAUUAUCAUUAGCAUUGAUUAAUAAAUUAUCAUUUCAUUAUGUAAUUCCAUUAACAAUUAUACAAUUAAUUAGUUCAUUAUUAUCAAGUUUAAUGAUAUAUUAUAUAUAUUAUUAUAAUUAUAUUAGUAUCCAUGACAACAUAAAAUUGAUUAUAUUAAAUCAAUUUAUAAUAACACCUAAUGGAUCACAUUUAAUAUGUUUUAUUGAUCGUUUAUUAUUAACUAUUAUGACAACAAUAUUUAUUUUAUUAAUAAGAGAUGAAAGAAAUGAUAAAAUACAUAAAAAUUAUCGAUUAAUUUAUAUAAUUCUAUUUACAUCUGGACGAAUUACAUCCUUAUCAAUGAAUGCUGGUACAUCAAUUAAUCCAAUACGUGAUUUAGGUCCAAGAAUAACAAUUGCAUUAUGUGAAUUAGGUUUGGAUGCAUUCAACAAAGAUCAUUAUUAUUUUUGGAUUCCUAUUGUAGCACCAUAUAUUGGUUCUAUUAUUGGUGCAAUAUUUUAUGAAUUAUUAAUUGGUGCUUAUUUAAAUAGAAAAACAGUUGAUAAAUUACAAAAUACUAUUGAAAUAUCACAAUCGCAAAUCUUUUCAUCACCAUCAUCAUUAUCAUCAAGUAUGAAUUCAAAUGUAUCAACACUUACCUCGUCAAAUGAUACCAUUAAACGUUUUUAUAAUAAAUGA